AUUUCGGAAGAUCACGGUGUUAAAACGCACAGAGAUAUUUUUCCGUCGUGUCCCCACAUCAGUCUACAACAUACAUCAUACCGAUAUUAUUAUAAUACCGAAAGAAAGUCUCGACAUUCGUUUAGUAUCUGAGUUGGACACAGUGAAUAACGACGACAAAAAUUUUAAAUUGUUAACAAUUUUCAUUCCAGUUGAAUCGGAAAUUAAGAGACAAGAUAUUAAAUUUGAAAAGAAAUUUUUUUUAUUUUCUGCUUUUUUCGUUGUUGAAAAGAAAUUAGCAAGAACAGCAAAAGUGUUUAGAAGUAAAAAUUAAUUGAAUUCGGUGGUGUUAAUUUGGAUCAUAAUUUCGAAACGAAUAAUUAAAUUGAACGGACGUUAAGAAAUUAAUUAAUUAAUUGAUUAAAUCAAGAAAAUUGAAAACCGUUGCUGCUUGAACAGGUGAUACGAAAGGAUAAAUUCUGUGUAACACUCGAUAUGUGCUAACUUAAGAUACCAGCAUAUUGCUACAGUUGAAAUGGAUAUUGUAACUAGAAAGAAUGAAGAAAAUCGCAAACUAUCUCAGUCAAAUCUAAACGGUCUUGAUAACAAAUUAUCAGAACUACAAAAAUUUUAUGAUGGCAAAAAUGUGUUCGUUACCGGCGGAACAGGCUUCAUGGGAAAGAUGCUAAUUGACAAAUUGCUACGGACAUGCCCUGGCAUCGAAAAUAUUUACUUGUUAGUUAGACCAAAGAAAGGUAAAGACAUUCACACAAGACUAGACGAGAUUUUCGAUGAUUUGGUCUUCGAGAGACUACAUGAAGAGGUACCGAAAUUCCGUCACAAAAUUGUGGCCAUUCACGGUGAUUGUGCUCUUGCUGGAUUAGGUUUAAAUUUAAUCGAUCGGCAAACAUUAAUAUCAAAUGUACAAUUGGUUUUCCAUGCCGCUGCCACCGUUCGAUUUGAUGAGAAACUCAAGUUGGCUGUGGGCAUAAAUGUUUGCGGUACUCAAGAGGUCUUAGAGCUAUGCACGCACAUGACCAAAUUGGAGGUUGUAAUGCACGUGUCAACAGUUUACUCAAAUUGUCACUUACGUUUCAUUGAAGAAAAAUUCUACAAAUUUCCCUUUCACUUCAACGAUUUAAAUAGAUUGAUUGAAAAAUUGGACGACAAAUCAUUGGAGGAAGUUACACCAACCAUCCUUGGCAAAUGGCCAAACACAUACACCUUUACCAAAGCUCUAGCCGAAGAUGUUGUCCGCAUAAAUGGUCGAAAUUUACCGAUAGGACUUUUCCGACCAGCGAUUAUAACAUCUUCAGUUAAAGAGCCAGUUGUCGGUUACAUUGAUAACUUGUACGGGCCGACGGGUGUAGUAUAUGGUGCUGGCACCGGUGUCCUUCGCACUAUGCACUGUGAUCGCGACGUAGUUGCCAAUAUUGUACCAGUUGACAUGACGGUAAAUGCAUUGAUCGCAGCUUCAUGGGACGUUGCCGUUAAUCGGGAAAGAAGCACCAACACCGAAGACAUACCGGUGUACAACUAUGUGUCAUCGGUGGAGAAGCCACUAACUUGGGGUGAAUUCACCGACUAUAACAUAAAAUACGGAUUCGAACAGCCGUUCUCCAGUGCUAUAUGGUAUUUGUCAUUUCACACGCACAAAACAGCAAUGAUGCACAGUAUCUACGUUAUUUUCUUGCACAUUCUGCCCGCAAUGCUAAUCGAUUCACUGGCAUUGUGCGUCGGCCAACGACCACAACUUCUUAAGGUUUACAAAAAAAUUCACAAAUUUGCUGACGUCAUAUCGUUCUUUGCUACCAACGAAUGGAUGUUCACGAACAAUAAUAUUCAGCGUAUGUGGAAUCGUUUGUCGGUUCGUGACCAGGCAAUGUUCAAUUUUAACAUGAAGACGAUGGAUUGGGUCGACUAUUUACAUCACUACAUACCCGGAAUGCGAAAGUAUUUGCUAAAAGAUGACAUGUCAACAGUCGAAGCUGCCAGACGGAAAUGGAAUCGAUUCUAUUGGUUACAUCAGAUGCUGAAAACUGUUCUGAGUUUGAUUAUUUUAUACUUUUUCUGGUCAACCUUUUCCGAUUACAUUUAUCGCUGUUUCUAGGAAGAUUGAGGAUGAAUUACUUUAUAAUAUUACAAUUUCUAAGAAUAAAAAUACUGUUGAUAUACUGG